CAACCAAACCUUAUCCUUGUAAGCACCACCCACCUCCUCAGUACCCACAAAAAAUCACUCACUAGUUCCUUCCCUGGGACUGCAAAAACAUGGCAACUCUUCACUUCAUUCCACCUCCCACCUUUACUCUGCUCAGACAAAACCAUCCUACCAAACUCUCUACUGCAUUCCAGCUCAACCCACGGACACGCCCCAGUUCGUGCCGGUUCUUAUCGGCCAUUGUCAGGUCCUACAAAGUGGUCAUCGAGCACGAGGGUCAGGCCACCGAGCUGGAGGUGGAACCCGACGAGACCAUUCUAGCCAAGGCAAUUGACUCGGGCAUGUCCGUGCCACAUGACUGCAAGCUCGGUGUAUGCAUGACUUGCCCGGCACGGUUAUUGAGCGGCUCGGUAGAUCAGAGUGAAGGUAUGCUCAGUGAUGAUGUGGUGGAGCGCGGUUAUGCGCUGUUAUGUGUGGCGUACCCACAGUCGGAUUGUCACAUCAGGACCAUUCCUGAGGAUGAGCUGCUGUCCUUGCAAUUGGCAACAGCUAAUGACUAAAUUCCCAAUUUUGUUACUUGAAUAUGUAUACGUAUAUCUACCAUGUUGGUUUCGGAAUAUUGUUGAAUGGAGUUGGGGUUUGAUUCUCACUAAUGAUGAUUUUCCUUUGGCACUUUUAGUUGA